AUGAGACUAUCUGCUAUUCUUCCUGCCCUUGCGGCUUUCCCACUUGUCCGAGGACUUGAGGCCCCUAUCCCAGGAUACGGUGUCGAGGAGUUCACCUGGGAAGUUGAGACCAAGCCGGGAGGUCCUACAGUGGCUCUCAAUGGCACAGUCCAAGAUAUCUACGCCAGAUUGAUCGAGAUCAACCCGACUUAUGAUCGGGAUUUCGCGGCCAGGGUACCUCAAGCCAGAAGUAACGACGACGAGGCUCCGCAUCUACAAAAGCGUUUCGAUAUCAAGUGCAACAACCAUGGCUCAGCCAACCUGAAAUUAAUCAAAGAGGGUAUCGCUUACUUGUACGGCGUCCGUGGUAAGCCUACCAUCGGUCCUGGUCCUGGGAAAUGCGGAAGAGUGAGCUGUUCUUGGAGCGCCGCUAUUUGGUGGUGUAAUGAUGUAAGUGUUUGCAUUUACUACUACCUUUACCAGAACUAA